UGUUUAACAAUUAACCACACGCAAUGAAGGAUUUGAUUCUUCUGAUUCCAUCAUGACGAAGUUUUGUUUUCAAUAUAUGUUUUUUCUGGCAUCUCUAAUGUUAGAGCUUUUCAGCUCAAUGAAUACAACCCUUGACACCUAUCUGAUGAUUCAUUCACCCGGUUGAGUUUCAACUGGUGAAUGAAUGGAAUGGAGUCUCUCAUCCUUCUGCGUGACUAUUCGUCUGUCCCAUAUACUAACUAUUUAGAUGUGUUUAAGCACUAUAAAAUUAAGAAUCGGCCUGAGGUUUAUAUUUUCUCUAGCGUAGAUCGUGUAGUCUUUCGUACUUGCUUCGACCUCUGCUUCGACUCGAGGUUCCCACCCGCUCGUAAUUGUAGCAUGCUGUGUUUCGGGACCCACAGUGAAGCUAUGUGUCUCAGGCAGAUGGUGUACAAGUAAAUAGAGAGUAUAUGGGCUUCUGGUAUUUUCUGCUUAUUGUCUGUCAUUUCUCUGUUUUUU